AUGGCAUCAUUGCCUCCUCCCCCUCCUCCAGGAUGGGCUGCAGCACCUCCAUCAUUGCCGAUGGCACCGCCGCCGCCUGGAUACCAGCCACCUGCCGACCCCAAUGUCGCAAAGUUUGCGCAAAAAAAGCAUGAAUGGCUGCGAACACAACGUAGUCGCUUUGGUGAGAAGCGCAAAGGAGGAUUCGUGGAGACUCAAAAGGCCGAUAUGCCUCCGGAGCAUCUGCGAAAAAUCGUGAAGGAUAUUGGCGACGUGUCACAGAGAAAAUAUACCAAUGAAAAGCGAAGCUAUCUCGGCGCGUUGAAGUUCAUGCCCCACGCGGUUAUGAAGCUGUUGGAGAAUAUGCCGAUGCCUUGGGAGUCUGCGAGAGAAGUUAAGGUUCUUUACCACGUCAACGGUUGUUUGACUUUGGUUAAUGAGAUCCCGCGGGUUAUUGAGCCGGUGUUCCACGCCCAGUGGGCUACCAUGUGGAUGUGUAUGCGUCGUGAGAAGAGUGAUCGUCGACACUUCAAGCGUAUGCGCUUCCCUCCAUUCGACGACGAGGAGCCGCCUCUGUCAUGGUCCGAGAACAUUGAGGAUGUCGAGCCUCUGGAGCCAAUCCAAAUGGAGCUCGACGAAGAGGAAGAUGCAGCAGUCUACGAAUGGUUUUACGAUCACCGACCCCUCCUAGAUACCCCCCAUGUCAACGGUCCGAGCUAUAAGAAAUGGAAUCUGUCAUUGCCGCAGAUGGCGACUCUUCACCGCUUGAGUCACCAGCUUCUCAGUGAUGUGGUGGAUCAAAACUACCACCACAUGUUCGACCUCAACAGCUUCUUCACUGCCAAGGCCCUCAAUGUCGCCAUUCCCGGUGGUCCCCGCUUCGAGCCUUUGUACAAAGAUAUCGACCCCAAUGACGAGGACUUCAGCGAAUUCAACGCUAUCGAUCGAAUCAUUUUCCGCGCCCCGAUCCGAACUGAGUACCGGGUCACCUUCCCCUUCUUGUAUAACACCCUCCCGCGGAGUGUCAAGGUCGCCUGGUAUUCUCACCCCCAGGUGGUCUACGUUCGCACUGAGGACCCUAACCUUCCCGCUUUCUACUUCGACCCUGUCAUUAAUCCCAUUUCUUCCCGCUCGGUCGCCCCGAAGAACAUCACCGUCAGCCACGAGGAUGAGCUUUUCGGCGAUAACAACGAAGAUGAUUUUGAACUUCCCGGAGAGGUCGAGCCCUUCUUUGAGGAUGAGGAGCUCUACACCCCAGAGACCGCAUCUGCCAUCGCUUUAUGGUGGGCCCCGCAUCCCUUUGAUAAGCGUUCCGGAAAGAUGGUGCGUGCUCAGGAUGUGCCGCUUGUGAAGCAGUGGUACUUGGAACACUGCCCUCAAGGCCAGCCCGUCAAGGUCCGCGUCUCUUAUCAAAAGCUGCUUAAGACCUAUGUGCUCAACGAGUUGCACAAGAAGACUCCCAAAGCCCAGAGCAAGCAGAACCUUUUGAAGACUCUGAAAACCACCAAGUUCUUCCAGCAGACCACUAUCGACUGGGUCGAGGCUGGUUUGCAGGUCUGCCGUCAGGGUUUCAACAUGCUCAACUUGUUGAUUCACCGCAAGAACUUGACCUACCUGCACUUGGAUUACAACUUUAACUUGAAGCCUGUGAAGACCUUGACAACCAAGGAGCGCAAGAAGUCUCGUUUCGGAAACGCUUUCCACUUGAUGAGAGAAAUCCUCCGUUUGACAAAACUGAUUGUUGAUGCCCAAGUCCAGUACCGUCUGGGUAACAUUGAUGCCUUCCAGCUUGCUGAUGGUAUUCUCUAUGCAUUCAACCACGUUGGUCAAUUGACUGGCAUGUACCGGUACAAGUACAAACUGAUGCACCAGAUCCGUUCUUGCAAGGACUUGAAGCAUCUCAUCUACUACCGUUUUAACUCUGGUCCUGUCGGCAAGGGACCUGGUUGUGGUUUCUGGGCUCCGGCUUGGCGAGUCUGGCUGUUUUUCAUGCGCGGUAUUAUUCCCCUCCUUGAGAGAUGGCUUGGAAACUUGCUGUCCCGUCAAUUCGAGGGCCGUCACAGCAAGGGUGUCGCCAAGACUGUUACCAAGCAGCGUGUGGAAUCUCACUUCGAUCUGGAGCUGCGUGCCUCUGUUAUGGCCGAUCUUAUGGAUAUGAUGCCCGAGGGUAUCAAGCAGAACAAGGUCAAUGUCGUUCUGCAGCAUUUGUCUGAAGCCUGGCGAUGCUGGAAGAGUAACAUUCCUUGGAAGGUCCCGGGCUUGCCCGCUCCUAUCGAGAACAUCAUUCUCCGAUAUGUGAAGAGCAAGGCUGACUGGUGGAUUUCUGUCGCUCACUACAACCGUGAACGAAUUCGUCGGGGUGCUACUGUCGAUAAGACCGUGGCCAAGAAGAACCUGGGUCGUCUCACUCGUCUCUGGCUCAAGUCCGAGCAAGAAAGACAGCACAACUACUUGAAGGAUGGUCCUUACGUCUCGUCCGAGGAAGCAGUGGCUAUCUACACAACUAUGGUCCACUGGUUGGAGUCACGCAAGUUUUCGCCGAUUCCUUUCCCCAGUGUGUCAUAUAAGCACGACACCAAGAUUCUCAUUCUGGCCCUUGAGCGCCUUCGCGAAUCAUACUCUGUGAAGGGCAGACUUAACCAGAGUCAGCGUGAGGAACUUGCCCUGAUCGAGCAAGCUUACGACUCCCCCGGUACCACCUUGGCCAGAAUCAAGCGUUUCCUUUUGACCCAGCGAGCCUUUAAGGAGGUUGGCAUUGACAUGAAUGAUAAUUACAACAACAUCAACCCCGUUUACGACAUCGAGCCCAUUGAGAAGAUCACCGAUGCCUACUUGGACCAGUACUUGUGGUACCAAGCAGAGCAGCGUCACUUGUUCCCCGCUUGGAUCAAGCCUUCUGAUUCCGAGGUGCCGCCUCUUUUGACCUAUAAGUGGACCCAGGGUAUCAACAACCUGUCCAAUGUUUGGGAGACUGCCGAUGGCGAGACCAACGUCAUGAUUGAGACUGAUCUGGCAAAGGUCUACGAGAAGAUGGAUCUUACCUUGUUGAACCGUAUGCUUCGUCUGAUCAUGGAUCACAACUUGGCGGACUACAUCACCUCCAAAAACAAUGUCCAGCUCAGCUACAAGGAUAUGAACCACACCAAUAGCUAUGGUUUGAUCCGUGGUCUUCAGUUCUCAGGCUUUGUGUUCCAGUACUACGGUAUGAUGAUUGAUCUGCUGCUUCUUGGUCUGCAGAGAGCCAGCGAAAUGGCUGGUCCUCCCGCCAGCCCCAAUGACUUCCUGCAGUUCCGCGACCGGGCCACUGAGACCAGACACCCCAUCCGUCUCUACACUCGUUACGUUGAUAAGAUCUGGGUCUUCUUCCGUUUCAAGGCAGACGAGUCACGGGAUCUCAUUCAACGUUUCCUGACUGAGAACCCCGAUCCUAACUUUGAGAAUGUCAUUGGUUACAAGAAUAAAAAGUGCUGGCCGCGUGACUGCCGAAUGCGUUUGAUGCGUCACGAUGUCAACCUUGGACGUGCUGUAUUCUGGGAUCUGAAGAAUCGUCUUCCCCGGUCCAUCACCACCAUCGAGUGGGAUGACACUUUUGCCAGCGUGUACAGCAAGGACAACCCUAACCUGCUCUUCUCCAUGAGCGGAUUUGAGGUCCGGAUCCUUCCCAAGAUUCGCAACCAAAAUGAGGAGUUCUCGGUCAAAGAUAGUGUUUGGUCUCUCGUGGACAACUCUACCAAGGAGCGCACAGCACACGCUUUCCUCCAGGUCACAGAGGAAGACAUUCAGAAGUUCAACAACCGCAUUCGACAGAUUCUGAUGUCUUCUGGAUCUACCACCUUCACCAAGAUCGCUAACAAGUGGAACACGGCUCUUAUUGCCCUCUUCACCUAUUACCGUGAGGCUGCCGUGUCGACUGUCAACCUUCUCGACACCAUUGUCAAGUGUGAGACCAAGAUCCAAACCCGUGUCAAGAUUGGUUUGAACUCGAAGAUGCCGUCUCGUUUCCCGCCGGCUGUGUUCUACACACCCAAGGAACUUGGUGGUCUCGGUAUGAUUUCAGGAUCUCACAUUCUCAUCCCCACCAGUGAUAAGCGUUGGUCCAAGCAGACCGACACAGGCAUCACCCACUUCCGAGCGGGUAUGUCGCAUGACGAGGAGACGCUCAUUCCUAACAUCUUCCGUUACAUCAUCCCUUGGGAAGCUGAGUUCAUUGAUUCUCAACGUGUGUGGAUGGAGUACUCUCAGAAGCGUAUGGAGGCGCAACAACAAAACCGUCGUCUUACCCUGGAGGAUCUCGAAGACAGCUGGGACCGUGGUCUUCCGCGUAUCAACACCCUCUUCCAGAAGGAUCGCAGCACUCUGAGCUUCGAUAAGGGUUUCCGUCUUCGUGCUGAGUUCAAGCAGUAUCAGCUUAUGAAGAGCAACCCAUUCUGGUGGACCAGCCAAAGACACGAUGGUAAACUUUGGAAUUUGAACGCCUACCGAACCGAUGUCAUCCAAGCUUUGGGUGGUGUGGAGACCAUUUUGGAACACACUUUGUUCAAGGCAACCGCUUUCCCAUCUUGGGAGGGUCUGUUUUGGGAAAGAGCGUCUGGUUUCGAAGAGUCUAUGAAGUUCAAGAAGCUCACGAAUGCUCAGCGUUCCGGUCUCAACCAGAUUCCUAACCGUCGGUUUACCCUCUGGUGGUCUCCAACUAUCAACCGUGCCAACGUGUAUGUCGGUUUCCAGGUCCAGCUGGAUCUGACUGGUAUCUUCUUGCACGGCAAGAUCCCGACCCUGAAGAUUUCCUUGAUUCAGAUCUUCCGUGCCCACUUGUGGCAGAAGAUUCACGAGUCCGUGGUUAUGGACUUGUGUCAAGUGUUUGACCAAGAACUGGAGCAACUUGGUAUCGAGGCUGUGCAGAAGGAAACGAUUCACCCUCGUAAGUCGUACAAGAUGAACAGUUCUUGUGCCGAUAUUCUUCUUUUCGCCACCAACAAAUGGAAUGUCACUCGGCCCUCUGUGCUGUUUGACACCAAGGAUGUUUAUGAGCCCACGACAACCAACAAGUUCUGGCUUGAUGUGCAGCUGAGAUACGGUGACUACGACUCUCACGAUAUCGAACGUUACACUCGUGCCAAAUACCUUGAUUACACCGGCGACAGCAUGAGUAUCUACCCAUCCGCGACUGGUCUCAUGGUUGGUAUCGAUCUUGCCUACAACCUCUACUCUGCCUUUGGUUCAUACUUCCCCGGUCUGAAGACUUUGAUUCAACAAGCCAUGGCCAAGAUUAUGAAGGCCAACCCUGCUUUGUAUGUCCUGCGGGAGCGUAUUCGCAAGGGUCUGCAGCUGUACGCCUCCGAGAGCAACCAGGAAUUCCUGAAUUCCCAGAACUACUCGGAGCUUUUUAGCCCCCAAAUUCAGCUCUUCAUUGAUGAUACUAAUGUCUACCGUGUUACGAUUCACAAGACCUUCGAGGGUAACUUGACUACGAAGCCCAUCAACGGUGCCAUCUUCAUCUUCAACCCCCGGACGGGACAGCUGUUCUUAAAGAUCAUUCAUACUAGUGUCUGGGCCGGUCAGAAGCGUUUGGGUCAAUUGGCCAAGUGGAAGACUGCCGAAGAAGUUGCGGCUCUCAUUCGGUCUCUGCCCGUGGAAGAGCAACCGAAGCAGCUUAUUGUCACUCGCAAGGGUCUGCUCGAUCCUCUCGAGGUCCACUUGCUUGACUUCCCCAACAUUUCCAUCCGUGCCUCUGAGCUUCAGCUACCUUUCCAGGCAGCCAUGAAGGUUGAGAAGCUCGCAGAUAUGAUCCUCCGUGCCACUGAACCUCAGAUGGUUCUCUUCAACCUGUACGAUGAAUGGCUGAAGUCCAUCUCCCCGUACACUGCCUUCUCUCGAUUGAUCCUCAUUUUGCGUGCCCUCCACGUCAAUAUUGACAAGGCCAAGAUCAUCCUUCGACCGGAUAAGACCGUGAUCACUCAAGAGCAUCACAUCUGGCCGUCCCUCUCCGAUGAGGACUGGAUCAAGGUCGAAGUGCAGCUGCGCGAUCUGAUCCUGAACGAUUACGGCAAGAAGAACAACGUGAAUGUGCAGAGUCUGACCAGUAGUGAGGUGCGAGAUAUCAUUCUGGGUAUGGAGAUCAGUGCACCGUCCUUGCAGCGACAGCAAGCAGCCGAGAUUGAGAAGCAACAGGAGGAGGCAAAGCAACUCACCGCUGUGACCACCAAGACUCAGAAUGCUCGGGGUGAGGACAUCAUUGUCACCACCACAUCUCAGUAUGAGCAGCAGUCCUUUGCCUCGAAGACGGAGUGGCGCACUCGUGCCAUUGCGACAUCCAACCUUCGAACCAGAUCAAACAACAUUUAUGUCUCGUCCGAUGACAUCCGUGAUGAGGGAUUCACCUACAUCAUGCCGAAGAACAUCCUCAAACGAUUCAUUACCAUUGCGGAUCUUCGGGUCCAGGUCACGGGCUACAUCUACGGUACCUCGCCGGCAGACAAUGAUCAGGUUAAGGAGGUCCGAACUAUUGUCAUGGUUCCUCAGGUUGGAAACACUCGGGAUGUUCAAUUGCCGCACGAAUUGCCUCAGCAUGACUAUCUCAACGGCCUGGAGCCGCUGGGCAUCAUCCACACAGUGUCUGGCAACGAACCACCUUACAUGUCUGCGGCAGAUGUCACACAACAUGCUCGUCUCAUGAAUGCCCAUUCUUCAUGGGACAAACGGACUGUGACCAUGACCGUUUCGUUUACUCCUGGAUCAGUAUCGCUUGCUGCUUGGGGACUCACCCCCCAGGGCUAUAAAUGGGGUGCUGAGAACAAGGACAUGACCUCGGAUCAACCGCAAGGCUUUUCCACUGACAUGGGUACCAAGUGUCAGCUGUUGCUCAGUGACCGGGUGCGCGGCUACUUCUUGGUGCCCGAAGACAACCUGUGGAACUAUAGUUUCAUGGGAAGCUCCUUUGGCAGUGUCGAGAAGCGACCUAUCUAUGUCAAGAUCGACACCCCGUUGCGAUUCUAUGAUGACCAGCAUCGUCCUUUGCAUUUCCAAAACUUUGCCGAGUUGGAGGAUAUCUGGGUUGAUCGUUCCGAUAACUUUGAGUAA